GCGGUGAUAAGCCCUUUGGGGAUGACGUUCUGCCGCCCCCAGUCCCAAUAAUUUUGGGGUUCAUACUAAAACUACCUUAAGUUGGUAUGGUAUAUCUUAAACUCUGAUCUGGUUACUCACUGAACGUUCUUUGUUCUUUUAACUCUUCCACCGGAACCCUCAGCGAUAGUCGCAGCAUGGUAGCUGUGAAUCACCACAUCGUCUCAAGACAUAUGCGCGCCAUUAAUACUUAUUGCAACUAGUACUGAUCUCGCUACCCCAGAUGUGUAGUGGUUUAAGGACAUUAUCUAAAGCCAGCUUAUUCCGAUUGAAUCAUGGAUCGAAUUAUGAUCACUAGCCACAGAUAGUUAGAAUUACCUGAUGUUCACUUAUAUCUUAUCUUUCAGCGAGCUUCCUAAUUAAGCGACUACCAACCAGCUACACACGCCCAACAGACAAUAUCCGUUAGCAUCAUGCCUCAGUCUCCUGGGCGUGAGCGUCAUCGUAAACUCGACCCCGAUGCCUCCUUGGUACUGGUUGGGAUUCGAGGUUGUGGAAAGCGCUCAUUGGGCUUUGUUGCUGCAACAGCGUUAAAGAGACGCUACAUCACCGAAGACCACUAUUUCAAACAGGUUACCGGGCUCACGCGACAUGAGUAUCUGAAACGCUUUGGGAGCCAGGAGUUCCAGCAGCGUGAUAUUGAGAUUCUUAAGGCGAUGCUCGAUAAUCAUAGAUCGCGCUGUGUAAUUGAAUGUGGCCUGGGAAGUCUUACUCGUCCUGUACAGGAGCACCUUCGUCUGUAUUCAGUGACCAAUCCUGUGGUGUACCUACUUCGUGACAUGGCACGCAUCCAGGCUUUGCUAGGAUUGGAAGAUCAGUCUGUGAAGUUACUUUGUGAAGGAGACCCGCUGCACCGGACGUGUUCCAAUUUUGAGUUCUACAAUAUUGAGGAUCGUUCCAGCAUGUCAGCUCAACCAGACGAAGUAACGCCGGACCGUCGGUCAGUUGGGUACUCCUUCAAGCUCAAAGAAGCCAAGGAGGAUUUUACUCGUUUCGUGCAUUUCAUCACUGGCGCAAAUAUGGACCAUUCGAGCUAUGACUCUCCUUUCGUGCUACUGGAAACGCCUCCAGAAAACCGCUCUUUCACACAUGCUAUCUUCGUUCGAUCCUCGGAAAUGAUCAGAGGGGCCGUUGAUUUGUGUGAGCUCGAGUCAGGGGGAGAUGCCAUUGAGCUAUGUGUUGAUCGCUGGAAUACCGAGAUGGCGAGUAUAGUGAGCAAACAGGUUUCUCUACUACGCAGGAGUGCCCGUACACCCAUCAUCUUCUCAAUUGAUGCUUCAUUGUCCGGAAUCGGAAGCGGUGUGCUCUCACGGGGGCAACUGUGCAGUCUCUAUUUUGAGAUCGUGGAACACGGCUUGCGACUAGCGGUGGAAUACCUGGCCAUAGACCUUGAUCAGGAUGAGUCCUUGUUGGUCGAAGCUGUCCAUAACAGGGGCAGGACCAAGAUCAUUGGCCAGCAUAUUUUUGAACCUUCGUCUCAUGUUACGUGGGAAGAUGAGUCCUGCUUGUCUCUCUACCUAGAGGCCGAGAAGCUCGGUUGCCAACUGGUUCGCAUUCUUCGAGUAGCGGUGGAGCGUGAGGAUAAUGCGGCUGUUGCCAAGUUCACAAACAAGAUUCAGUCUCUACCAGGCAAACACCCGCCUAUUAUCGCUUAUAACGUAGGUAGCCUUGGACGAACAUCCCAGGUGUUUAAUUCUACACUUACUUCUGUUACCCACCCAGCCGUUGCGCGCCUCACAGACAAUAGAAUGGAUCCUCUGAUUACUUCACGGGAUGCGGUGCAGGCGUUGUUUCACAGUUAUGUGCUUGACCCUUUGCAGUUCUACAUUCUCGGGGCCAGUGUUGCCUACAGCCUCUCACCAGUUAUGUACACUGCCGCUUUCCAGCAUUGUGGCAUGAAUCACACCUACACUAUCCCUGAUUCCCCUUCUCUCACAGCAUUGGAUCAGUUAGGCCGGGAUCCGCAUUUCGGGGGUGCCAGCGUUGUACAGCCAUGGAGGGUGCAGAUCUUCCAGAAACUCGCCUCUAAAAGUCGGCACGCAGAGGCAAUUGGAGCGAUCAACACGAUUAUGCCUCUACGAGCGCGAGCGGAUGGGACGAUGUUCCCCUUACAAGAGCAGGCCAGCCGUCGAAACCAGGCAGGACCUGUACUAGGCUGGUAUGGGGAGAAUACUGAUUGGGUGGGGAUCAUGACCUGCAUGAAUCGUAAUCUUUCCCCGCGUAAUGCCAUCAGCCCCUUGAAAACGACUGGGCUGGUAAUUGGGGCCGGCGGUAUGGGGCGUGCUGCCAUCUACGCCAUGCUUCGUCUAGGGUGCCGCAAGAUUUUCAUAUAUAACCGAACCUUGUCCCGCGCGGAGAAUGUAGCCCGUCAUUUUAAUUCGUGGGCUGCAUCGCAGGUUGGUUCUACGCAAGUGGUGCAUGUGCUGAAGUCAUUGCAGGAUGAAUGGCCGUCAAAUACCUGCCAUCCAUGUUUAAUUGCGUCUUGCGUGCCUGCGGACCCAGACCAGGACGAACCCCCUGCGAACUUCGAGAUGCCGAUGCAAUGGCUCGAGAGUCCUACUGGAGGGGUGGUCUUGGAGUUUGCAUAUAAACCCUUGGAGACCCCGCUGUUACGUCAAAUGCGUCGAUUUCGAGGCGAGACCGGACGUCCGUGGGUUCUGGUAGAUGGGCUCGACAACGUCAUUGAGCAGGCCAUCGCUCAGUUUGAGCUGCUUACUGGACGGAAAGCUCCUCGGAGACUAAUGACUCUGGAAGCCCUCCAUAACUAUGUCGGGGAGCACGGACACUUUGAUGAGGAAUCAAUUCAAGCACGAGUUGAUGGCGUCCUCUGUUAGCGUGUGUCGUGAAGAGGAUCUGGUUUAGUUGGCAUAAAAUAUCAAUGUGUACAUAUACAAAUUACCUUCUAUAGGCUGUAAAUGGAAAGAAUAGGGCAAACCUAAGUCGUAUGUAAAAAAAAGUGAUGAUACGCCGAAUUGUCACGUGCAUCGAUCUGGA